AUGUUUGGAAUAAAACAUAAUGAAUGUGUAGGUUUUGAAUCCAGGUGGAAAGUUAAAAAGGUUUCGUCUAAUGCCGCCACUCAAGCUACAGAAUUUUCUCAGUCCGAGAAAGGAACGAGCACUGGAACAACAGAUAGUAUAGAGAUUCAGACUGACCCUAUAGAAACUCCUUCGUUACUGAAGAUGUUGAUAUGAUCAAGCUUGCAAACUGGCUAAGAGACAUAUAUCCAACGGUCAGAAAGGAAAUAGACGAAGCUAACAAUUCGCAUGCUUUCAGAGGAUAUAGAUUACAAAAUGACACCAAUGAAGCGGACUGCAAACUGUUACAAAUACUACCUAUAGCAAAUAUUGGAACUGAGGAUAGUUAUGUGUCGAAGAGAAUUGCCUCUGUGUCUUGGAAUCAAUCAGGAAAAUCGUUGGCAUUCACUUGUAACUAUGAGCACCAAUCCUGGUGCCACCACCCAGGAUACGUAUUCGUUUAUAUAUUACAAAGUAAUGGUAAACUACCAGAUCAGCCUAAGAAAGUUUUAAAGACCGAGAGCUGUGUGAUCUGUUUAAAAUUUAAUCCUAGUCGACCUAGUAUUCUAGCAGGAUCGACAUUUUCUGGUUCCGUCAUUAUUUGGAACAUUCAGAAUGAAGACGGAGAAGAAGUUAUGACAAUUAAAUCGGCACAUGAAGAAGUAGUUACCCAGAUAUUAUGGACAAAUGAUAUAACGUCAGAUAAAAAUCUGCUUUUGGUUACUACCAGUACAGACAGUUUCCUAAAAGUGUGGAAAUAUGAUCCUAUAUCUGAAAAUAUUUUAACUCUACGAACAAGGUAUAAAGUUAAGCCACCGUUAUUAAAUAACGUGCAGAGAAAUAACGAAUCACCUAUCAAUGUUUUAAAUAAAAACCCUAACGGUAUAAGUUGCUUUGACUUUUCAAAACAUGUACCUGACAUGUUUUUGGUUGGAUUAGAAGGAGGUCACAUAGUUCAAUGUUCGCUGCUAGGGGCAACAGAAUUGAAGGGAAGCACGAAAGAAGAACCUUUAAAGGAUCCUUCUUUUAAAUAUUAUGAACCACACGAAGGAGAAGUGGUUUCAGUGAAUUUUUCACCGAAUCGAAAAGAUAUGUUCAUGACAUACGGGACCGAUGCGGAAAUAAGACUCUAUCUAAUUGGACAGGAAGAUCCAGCUCAACUUAUUUUCCUUAAAAGUACUUUGUUGGAUCUGACAUUUGUGCCGUACGAAGAAAAAUUAAUAGCUGGUUGCGGUUUGAACGGAUUUAUGGAACUAUUCCAUAUGCAAAAAGCAAAAGCGAUAAAAGAUAUAACUAAAGAACAGUUCAAGAAUAAAGUCAUUUCCACUUGUAUAGCUAUUAAUGGAAAUAAACAUAAUCUAGUUGCGAUCGGAACUGCUAAUGGAGAACUUCAGUUGUGGAGCGUACCAUGGAAUUCCCUUUUAAAUAAAUAA